AUGUUAAGUUUAUCGGAUGUAGCUGAUUACCUACGAAGUUUGCGUGAUCGUAUUGCAACUGUUCAGGAAGAUUGUUCAGCUUCCGAUAAGUUUCUGCUGGCAUCCAAUGUGUUUGAACAAAUCAAGGAUCACGCUCCCUCUUUGGCGACUCAUCAAGUUCUUUCUAAAUAUUUAGAGAAGCUGGUAACGCUGCUGGCGCACUCCCUGAUUGAGGAUCCCAAGAGUGACAUCCAGGAGAAGCGUAACCUUUGUCUUUCCAUCUGUAACCAGAUAUUUCUGAAGGCAGAUGUCGAAGUGUUGUCCAAGGACAUGUUUGGCUCUCACGUACUGCAAUCCACAUUGCAAUGUUGCACCCUUUUCGAACACCAGGGUAUAUCGCUGAGCGAGCCGCUGCAAUACGUCACUUCCACAGUAGAAGACCGUUGCCUUUUCGAGCUUCUGCAUCAUACAUCAGGCUCCCAUGUACUUCGGAGCCUUACGAAAACCUUGGCCGGUGCCUUGGAUUCUGAUGCUUUCCAAAAAAGUAAACAGAUAUCGGAAAACAGUUUUGGUAACUACGUUAUUCAAGCACUAGUACGCCAUCGUUACUUCCAAGCGACACAUAUGGAGGAGCUGUUGGACUGUAUAGACAUAAGCGAAUUGCUGCUGAGUUCCUCAUCUCCCAUCGUCUGGCGUCUGUGUGAAUCUGCCGUGACGUUGGGUACAGGUCAAUCACACUUUAUAAAAAAGUUACUGGAAGCGUUAGGGAUAUCUCAAAACCGACGUGCUGAUCCAAAAAGCCAGUCACCUGGCGCGAAGCGCCGGAAAACGGAGGUUGGGUCGCAAUCACAUGACACACCUUCCCCUGAGCACACCGACAGCGGUGACGCCAAUGCAACAUCUGACGCUGGUGCUACCAGUGUUGCGCGUCGGGGAGUAGAAUGCGGUAAGGGUCGCAUUUGGCUAGCGCUGAUUUCGUGCAAACCUGUUGAUUCCGACCAUAUUCACUUGCGUGCUACGGGGGCGUCAAUUCUACUGAAUCUGCUUAAGUUUGAACGUAAACUCAUCGCUCAUGUGUUGAGUGACUUCAAACACUUCCUAAGAAUCGCAAAAUCGCAAAACAAAUUGGGAGAACUUGCCACUGAUCGCCACUUUUCCCGAGUACUGCAGCUGCUGCUCGACCGCCGUCAGGGUCUCAUGAAGGAGAAGCAAAUAGAGCGCCUCUUCAAUUAUUUAAAAGCAGACUUCGUGGAACUGGCCCUAAACGUCAAUGGCGCCUUCGUGCUCUCAAGCCUUUUCGCAGCAUGUCCUCUACGUCUUCGCCAGAGUAUCUUGACGGAACUUGCCCCCGAGAGCGAUCGAAUCCUUGCAAAGAGCAAGAAGUUCGCAGAGAUCGUCGGUCUGGAAUCGUUCUGUAAGAACAAGGAAUUAUGGUCCAAGAAAAUGAGCAAGGCCGAGUCGGUCAGGUCUCUUUUCAAAGACAUUAUCGAACCGAAGUAG